UAAUCAAAUCAGAAAUGCAUAUAAGUCAAUUUGUUGACGACCUUUAGCGUGCCCAGUUCAACACAAAGCAGGGCCAUGGGCUGACAUAUAAAAAGGAGACGCCACCUGAAGUGACUCAAACAUUGGCAACAUGUUAUUGUGGAGUAUGUGCCUGCUGUUUCUACUGGCUGUCAGCCAAGGGCUGGACUUUGAGGAUUCGCCCCGGAAAUGUGUUAGUUCUCGUUUGAUCGAGAAACGUCGCUUGAAUCUUCAGUUCGAUGGGAACUGUGAUGAGAGGCGCUUUAAACGUCGCGUCGAUGCCACAUUUCAUGGCAAGCCGAAGCCGCGCGCCGAGCUCUUGGCCAACAAAUUUCUAACCUCAUACAAUUUGGAGCAAACUAAUUCGCUGGUAAAGCUCGUCAACAAAAUAGCCAAGGAGUAUUUGGCCAAAUGUCCGCCAGUCAUCUACUACGACAGCACGGUGACUCGAAAAAAUGGGCACCUUUUGGAGAAACUGUUCAAGACCAUGCCAGUGACCUUUUAUCACGGCAAUAUCAAGGACAACUAUGAGCCGGAAAAUCCCAACUUUAAUAGUCACAUCGACAACAACUGCAAAAGCUUUAUCCUGUUUCUAUCGGAGCCAGUAAUGGCACGCAAGAUUUUGGGUCCCCAAACGGACAGUCGCGUUGUUGUUUUCUCCAGUUCGUCACAGUGGAAACUACGUGACUUCUUGAGCUCCGAAUCUUCAUCGAAUAUUGUCAAUUUGUUGGUAAUAGGUGAAUCCUUGAUGUCAACUGCAGAGCGCGAGCAACCCUUUGUCCUAUACACGCAUAAGCUAUAUGCCGAUGGGCUGGGGUCGAACUAUGGAAUUGUAUUGACCAGCUGGAUCAGAGGCGCCUUGUCGCGUCCCCAUAUCAAUUUGUUUCCGAAUAAGUUAAAGAACGGCUUUGCAGGACAUCGUUUUCAGAUAUCUGCGGCCAAUCAGCCGCCAUAUAUCUUUCGCAUCAGGUCGCUGGAUUCAUCUGGGAUGGGUCAGUUGCGCUGGGAUGGUAUCGAGAUGCGUCUGUUGAGCAUGAUUGCCAAACGUCUCAACUUUAGCUUGGACAUCACAGAGACGCCCAAUGUCGCCAAUUCGCGCAGUGUCGUGGACACAAUUCAGAUGCAGAUUUUGCAGGGCACCAUCGACAUUGGCAUGUCCGGUAUUUACUUGACGGAGGAACGGAUGAUGAAGACGGAUAUGUCUGUGGGUCAUUCACGUGACUGUGCGGCAUUCAUAACGCUGGCUUCGAAGGCCUUGCCCAAAUAUCGUGCCAUAAUGGGUCCUUUUCAGUGGCCCGUUUGGGCGGCAUUGAUCUCCGUAUAUCUGGGUGGAGUCUUCCCCAUUGUUUUCACGGAUCGAUUAACGCUGAGCCAUCUGCUGGGAAAUUGGGGUGAAAUCGAGAACAUGUUCUGGUAUGUGUUUGGCAUGUUCACUAAUGCGUUCACAUUUACGGGAAAAUACUCCUGGGGCAAUACAGAGAAGACGUCCACGCGUCUUCUGAUCGGCGCCUAUUGGCUCUUCACUAUUAUCAUAACUUCCUGUUACACUGGCUCCAUUAUAGCGUUUGUCACAUUGCCUGCGUUUCCGGAUACUGUGGACUCCGUAAAGGACCUGCUUGGUCUCUUCUUUCGCGUCUGCACGCUGGACAAUGGCGGCUGGGAGAGCUGGUUUCAAAACUCCACCCAUGAGGCCACGUCAAAGCUGUACAAAAAAAUGGAGUUUGUUACCACCCUUGAGGAGGGUAUUGGCAAUGUUACUCAGAGCUUUUUUUGGAAUUAUGCCUUUCUCGGCUCAAGGGCGCGCCUUGAAUACCUCGUUCAAUCCAACUAUUCGAAUGAGAACCUCUCACGACGUUCGGCACUACAUCUGAGCGAAGAAUGUUUUGCGCUCUUUCAAAUUGGCUUCCUCUUUCCACUGAAUUCUGUAUAUAAGCGAAAGAUUGAUUCGAUGAUAAUGAUGGCGCAGGAGAGUGGACUUAUGAUCAAGCUGGGUCAUGAGGUCAGCUGGGCCAUGCAGAGGUCGGCAACAGGGCGACUCUUGCAGGCGAGUACCACCUCAGCGUUGCGAGAAAUCAUACAGGAGGAGCGCCAGUUGACCACCGCCGACACGGAGGGCAUGUUCUUGCUGAUGGGCAUUGGCUAUUUAUUGGGCGCCAUUGCGCUAACAUCCGAGAUUGUUGGCGGCAUCACCAACAAGUGUCGACAAAUUUUAAAACGUUCACGCAAAUCGGCCUCUAGCACCUGGUCAUCUCGGCACAAUUCGGCCGUGGUGCGGACCACAGCCGAACAACUGGCACACAACUUGCGUAAGGCGGCGCGUCGGCAUGCUGCGGAAGAUGCCAAUCAACGAAUGGGAUUCGGGAUGCGGGAGUUCAAUCUGACACGCACAACGCUACGCGAGCUAUACAAUUCCAAUAGACCGGAGGAGUCCGAGUCACGACAAGUCGAUGCAGCUGCUGUUUCAUGGGCCACAAUUAACGAGGUACCCAACGAAGUCUAUGAAUCCCUGGACGGUCUCGACCAGUACAUAGCCCAACUGGAGUUGGCCGAUGAGCAAAAGAACGACGAAGCCAUCGAUAAUGACAUUUCAAAGGGGUGAAUUGACAUCGGUCCAGGCAAUGAUCAUUCCAUCGAUUAAAUAUAUAUUAAAUAUUCAAAAACAUAGAUAAUUCGAAGAUGGAACUUCAAACUUCAUGUCUCAAAUUACAAUUUACAUGUUUUAAAUUAAAAGCUAAAAUAUAUAGAUAUAUUCAGUUAUUCAGUAGGCCGCUUGGAACUAUUGACCUUUACUUGCACUGAAAUUUUUUAUUCUCCCUU